CAUAUUUUCGCAGCUUGUUGGUGAUUUUGAACACAGCCCAGUUGGUUGCCACUUCACCUCUACGUCAUUUCCGUCACAGAACCGUCUUCGAGGUCUUUUCAAGAUGGCGUCAACGCAGUUAACGGAUGAGGAGCUUUUUUUGGAAUUAAAACGUUUUGGUUUCACUCCAGGGCCCGUUACUGAAAACACUCGUCCGGUGUACUUGAAGAAACUCAAGAAGCUUCGCGAAGAGCAUCAGCAGCGAGGACUAAGACCCGGUAAAACCCGUACUAUCGGUGCCAUUAACAGUACCACUGGCGGCGGUAGCACAGUGGCAUCUAGGCCAGUCAGCCAUGACGUCACGCACCUGAAUACAAGCAGGAGACCGGGCCGGAAGUCCUCCCUCCUCGGCUUCAGCUCCGACGAGUCUGAUGCUGAAACCCCACUGAAGAGGAAAGGCCUCGGUCACAGUGGCAGAGCGAACAGAAGCUCCAGUUCUCAACAGCAGCCUAAGAUUAGGCCUGCCUCAACGCCGAGUGUGGCUAUCAAGAGUCGGUACGACCACAGUGCGACACCAAGCAGCAAUUUUUCCCUGGGUCAGAACGGAGAGAGACGUGUCUCACUGGGCUGGGGAGUCGGUGACAGACCCAGUCCCGAUGCGGGACUACGGCGUUACGACGACUCAGGGGACGAGGACAAUUAUGAGGAGGAUAUGGAAAAGAAAUCUCGCUCUUUAAAUGGUCGCGGGGCGUCUCGCCUGAAUGCUAGCAAAUUAGCUGGAGAUUACUCAGACUCGGACGAGGAGGAAGUUAGUGGGCUUGGCGUCGGCGACCCAGAAUGCGACAGAUUGGAGCCUCGACGAAACCACCCCAGUGUGGCGUUAUCUUGCGACGUUACAGAUCGAGGGUCUGCGACCGAUGGGCAGAACACAGAAGCUACGCCUCGUCGUUUUCUAAGCAUGGGGGGGAGUCAAGGUGAGGAUGAAGAGGAAGAUGAUUUAAGGAGAAGGGACUUUAGCCGCUUGGGAGACUCGCGGAGUCACACACUUCCAAGGAAACCCAUCUACAGGUCACUUACCGAAAACCACAAAGGAAAUACCGGUAAAAACAGUCCGGCCACCGGGGAGGAUGGAGCAUCCAGAAGCAACAGCACCGAGCUGAGACCGCGCUUCUCCACCUACAGCGGUCUGUCGCAGACGUACAGGCGCAACCACUCUAAUCACACCCCUGCUCCCAACCAUUCCUACAGCCACGCAGCGCUCAAGAGAAACGUGUCUGCUCCCGAAGAUGAGCUUCUCCAGCAGUUCAAAAGGGAAGAGCUAGCUUCCUCGGGUAGUUUUAGCGCUCACUACCUGUCCAUGUUCCUGCUCACAGCGGCGUGUCUCUUCUUUGUGCUGCUGGGCCUCAUGUACCUCAGGAUGAGGGGUUCAGGAGCCAUGGAGGUGGAUAACGUCAUUAAUAGCCCUCCCCCAGAGUUUGACACACCUAAUAAGGAUGUGAUCCAAAAGCUGCUGCUCAGUCUUCAUGACCACUUGGCCUUUGUUGCUGGCCAGCAUGACUGUGGAGACCCAAAUCAUCCAAACCGGAGUGUGUCCAUAGAUGAGGCCUCAGUGUAUUUACUGGCUCAAAAUAAAUCGUUUAAAGGCUUAAUUAAUGAAUCUCUGGACUGGAUCAUCCAAAAAGGCCAGGAUGUUGGCAUUAGGCUGAUGGGAGCGGUGCCGGAUGAGCCGGUGACUAAGGUGUCUGAGAUCGCUCGGCUGGAGUCCACUCAUCCCAAGAUGUCCUUCACGUGCCGUUUCCGCCGAGCCUUCUUCACCAUCAUAAACCGAGUCCUCCUCAUUGCAGUCGCGGCAGCUUGUGUGUGGAGCGUGGUGUGCUACGUGAAGUAUCGCUGGAGGAGAGACGAGGCGGAGACGAGACAAAUGUACGACAUGGUGGAGAGGAUCAUCGAUGUGAUGAAGACUCAUGGUGAGGCUUGCCAAGAGAACCAGGACCUACAGCCCUACCUGCCCAUCCCACAUGUCAGAGACUCGCUGGUUCAGCCGCAGGACCGGAGGAAAAUGAAGAAGAUUUGGGAGCGAGCCGUGAGUUUUCUUUCAGCGAAUGAAUCAAGGAUUCGAACAGAGACUCAGAGGAUUGGUGGAGCAGACUUCCUGGUUUGGAGGUGGAUCCAGCCUUCUCUUAAUUGUGACAAGGGCUCCUCCAAAGUCUGGCAAGGAAAAGCGUUUCCUUUGGACCGGAGGAAUUCACCUCCCAACAGCCUGACCCCAUGUCUGAAAAUCAGAAACAUGUUUGAUCCAGUCAUGGAGGUUGGGGAGAACUGGGACCUAGCCAUUCGUGAGGCCAUCUUGGAGAAAUGCAGCGAUAAUGAUGGCAUUGUCCAUAUAGCUGUGGACAAGACCUCACGAGAGGGCUGCGUCUAUGUCAAGUGUCUCUCUGCAGAGUACUCAGGGAAAGCCUUCAAGGCACUUCAUGGCUCCUGGUUUGAUGGUAAGCUGGUGACGGUGAAGUAUCUACGUUUGGACCGCUAUCACCAGCGCUUUCCACAGGCACAGGGCUGCAGCACGCCGCUCAAGGCCUCUGGCCUCGCCACAAGUGUCACGAACACUACAGCCCAUCUGCAGCAUCACAGCGCAGCCAGCUCCCCGGGCUUCUCGUGAGGGCAGCUCGUGUUUGAACCUCCUACCGUGUACUCCUCCCACAUCACAGCACCAGUCUGAUGUUGCUGCUUUAUAACAGGAAAGCCUUCAGUGUGUCACAGCAGAGCAUUUUCAUUUGUUUCAGUUUACUUUUCUGAAAACAGGAAAUUUGCAAGAGAAGAUGUUCAGCAGUGUUUGUUGUUUUUUUUCCUUAAUACUCUUUAUAUUAGAAACGUCACAGAUUUUAGAAGUAAGCAAAGCUCUUGUGGAAUGUUUAAGGUUUUUGCAGAGACUCCAGUCUUCUAUUAUUCCGUAGUAUAAAGUCCUGCUAUAAUGGAAUACGUUUGGCCAUGUAUGGCUGCAUGUGGCAGAGCGUGCCUCGACAUAAACUUUCAGUACAACAGUGUAUUUAACCUGUUUAGUAUCAUUUAGUAAAGACAGGCUUCUAGGUUGUGCUGUAAAUAUGUGAAGCACGAGCUUUAUGACAUCUUUGUACUCAAAGUAAACCUUCAGCGCACAUUUUUUCACGCCGCGCUCGGCAGUACAAGGAUGCACGAGGUUUAGCUGGAAGAGCGGAGCGUGGGUCGCGUCGUGGUAGCUUCGUUUGGCUUUUCAGCCACUCUUUGGGCUCGAUUUGGGGGACAGCAGCCUGCGGUGCGCCCCAGUACUCGGCUGUUAUAGCAAAGUGUUUAACAUUCACCUGGAGCUCUCGUCUCUUGUUAUAGUCCUUUAUAUACCCGAAUCUUUUUAUUUCUCUUUUUCGUUUUCCCCUCUUACGUGUUGGGUCGUUAAUGCGCCAGCGUGUGGUCUUUACAUGCGUGGCCUACAGAACUGAUCGUGUUUCUUGACCUGUCAGCCUCUUGUACUGAUACAACCACUGGUUUGUCUCUAAAGCACUAUCACGUUUUUUUACAGGUUAGAAUACUAAUUUCCAAAUAUUCCAGAGACUGUAAGGAGGCCAAGGAUUCCAGGUGGUCUGAACAAUGAGCGUUUUCCUUUUUGCAGUGUGAAGUUGUACAGAUGGCGCAAACUUAAAAUGCUCAACGGCUGCUGCAGCAGUUUGCAGAAGAUGACCCAACGGUGCCUUAAACCUUUUCCCUUUCUUUUCAUUGUUUUGAACUGGUGAUGCAUUACUGGAUAAUGUAACGGGCUUAACAAAUGGAGAAACUGUUUAAAGUGUGAGUAACGCCAGUUCUGCGUGACAUCUUGAGAUUUGGUGUUUUGUAGCAGUUUCUUUUGAUAUGAAACCAAAAGCUUGUAUUUAUUUAAUUUUUGACAACCGAGCUGAUAUAUUCUUAUGUCGCUGGACCUGUUAAAUAUCUUUUCCUCCAUCAGGGAUGACCUUAUAUUGUCAGGACGUGUACAACAUAAAUAAAGACUUUUCAGAAAUCAGCCAGUUGUUAGUGCAUCAGUGUAAUCUAUUUUUGUACGUGUCCACCACAGUGGUGCAGAUGCAGCGUUUCCCCCUCAGUGAUUACAGGGGCUGCAUGUCAGUGUUUCAUGUGAUGGCUCCUCUGCUUAAACACACACCUGAUGUUUUAUGUAAACCCUGUAUAUUGAUAUAGCUCAAAUAUGCCAUUAUAUGCAGUUUGAUUUCUCUUGUAUGGGUGUGGUUCGACUUUGGGAUUUGCAAAUAAUUUCAGACAUUUUAAUGCGAUUUGUAAAUUGUACAAACUGCUCAUAUUAAAGGUUUAUUAGUUUU